UCGAGACACACGGAGCGAGCGCGAGCCGUACGGAUAGACAAACAGAGAAAGAGCACGAGACCCCCCACAGACAGACAGACAAACAGGCGUCAUGUGCCGGUCCGACCCUCUGAGCUUCACCCUGCCUGCGCGCAGGACCACCGAGCCCGAGAUCUUCACCUUCGACAGAAUCCCGGCGGCGCAGCCCGUGCAGCUCCUGCAGUGCGCGCGCCCUCGGCCCCGCCGCCGCCCGCUGCGCGUGCUGUACCCGAGCACGGGCCGGCGCUACCUGCCGCGCGCCGAGCGCAGCCCCGUCAAGCGCUGGCUGCUCGCGCUCUGCCUGGUGGUGCUGCUGCAGAUCUACUCCGAGGACGACGUGGCCGUCGCCGCCGAGGAUGACGUCACAGUGGCCGACGAGACCGCUGCCUUCGCGCUGCGCUUCGCCUCGGCCGAGGAGCGCGCGAGGCGCCUGACGGAGCAGGGAGAGGGCACGACUCCCGCGCGCACGCUCCACAGCCUGCUGGCCUGGAGGCAGGACGAGACGUGCGCCCCUCCCGCGAGCCCCGGCGCGAGCUGGCAGGGCCAGGCCGUGCGCGAGCAGAGCGCGAGGAGCAACGGCGGCUACGUGGUGGCCCUGCUGUACCCGGUGUACCACACGCUGGGCAGCGAGCAGUGACGGAGCGGCAGCUCGCGGGAGAGGCGGGAAAAACAGAAAACGCGCGAAAGCAGAGGCGCGCGCGACAGAGAGAGAGAGACACUGAGAGAGAGAGAGACAUUGAGAGAGAGAGAGAGACAUUGAGAGAGAAUGGACUGGGCGACGGAGUGGAAUAAAGACGCCCUACCUGACAGAGAAAGCGGGGCGAGGAGAAAGAGAAGCGGGGCGUCUUCUCUCAGCUGUGAAGUGAAGACGAUGACAUGAUGGCGGCCGAGCCGGCAGGGACUGCUCGUUCCGACGGAGCUAGCUGGAAGCCGGCCUUCUAUUGGCAUUUUCCCCAUUCCACCUUAAAUGCCACAGUAACCGCUGCAGCAUUUAAGGUGGCACGGGAAAUUUCGAUUACGCUAGCCAGCUUUUCCGAAGGACUUAAACUUGAAACGAACUCUGGGGUGAAACUUGAACGGCGGGUGUAGUUUACUCGAACUUUCACUGCGAAAACGUUUAGUUACAUUGUUCAGUCUUCACUACAAACCUGUCACAAGUUAGACCUGCCUGUUCGUCUACGACUGCAAGUCCUGCUGGAUGGCGGCCCUGAGGAGGAACCUGACUCACUGAGCACUACUUGAACUUUACACUAGUUUGUUGUUGUUGUUGUUGUUGUUUGUGAAAACCUGGUUGUAUAUAGUAGCUAUUUAUUUAAUGUUAUUUAUUUAAUUAAGUAAUUAAUAAUAUUAAUAUUGUACGUCUUAUUUAUAUGAAUAUGUCUUCAGAAAAUAAACAUUUUGAGAUGUA